CAACAGCAGCAACAGCAUCAACAACUGCAGCAGGCGCAGCAGAUGCAGCAUCAGCAUCAGCAGCAGCAGCAACAGCUACCCAUGAUUAACCAUCCGUCGCAGAUGGCAAACCAUCUGAACCAUCAGAACCAUCUAAAUCAGACGAUGCUGAACCAUGCGACGAUGAACAGCGGAGGCCUACCGACGAUGCAGAUGCCAAUGCAGGGUGGCAUGUACGAUCAUCUUCAUCCGCCGAACGUGAACGUGAACGGUGUCGGCGUACCGAAGCCGCCCAUGCCGGAGCAGCAGCUCGUGUAUCUGAGCGGCAGUCAGCAGUACGGAACGGUGCUGGCCCCCCAAAACCAGUACAUUCCACGCAAUAACUCAGCGAUUAACACUUCAACUGCCAAAAAAUUGUGGGAGAAAGGAGGAUCCAAUGACGUCAAGGUAGCAGCCGCUGCCACUGGCCCUCUUCCACCACUGCAAUUGCACGGCACCACUGACCAUCCGGUAUGGCGCGAUUCAACCUGGUCAUCUCAGGGCGAUGCGAUCUUGGCGGCACCGCGACGUAUUUUCCAACACGGAGCGGAAUCCAAUCCGACUGGUUCAACGGGAAUUCUAAGUCCACGAGACUCGACAGGAGGACUAGGUGUAAAGAUGGUAGAAUAUGUACUGGGCGGUUCCCCGACUAACAAGGAAAGUCCAUUGGCUAGCUUGGACUCGCGCUUCAAGGGAUUGAAGUUUGAUGAUGGAGACAAGGCUUCUGAUGAUAAGGACAAAGCAAAUUCGCCUUUUGAAACGAAUGGCGUAAAGAAAGAGGAGGUGGUGCCCGGUACAAAUGGCGUUGUAAUGGUCAAUGGCAUUGAUGACGAUAAGGGUUUCAAUCACCUUUCGUUCCAAAGCCGUACGCCGGGCUCGCGCCAGCCGUCCCCGGCCGAAGAGCAGCUGCCACGUCCGAACAUGCUGGACCCAACGGGCGUGCACGGAUCCGGGUUUCCGCAGCAUCCGUCGCUGCACAAUAUGCUCGGUUCUGCAGCACCCGGUGGCAACGACGUCACGCAGCAGGCAGCAGCCGCCGCUCUCGGAUCCUAUCAUCCUCAGAUGAUAAAUCAGAUGGGUCAAAUGGGUCAGCUCGGUCAAAUGAAUCCGAUGAAUCAGUUGAACCAGUUGAACCAGCUGAACCAAAUGCAGAGCCAUGUGAUGAACGGCGUUGGGGGCAUUCCGCAGAUUGCACAGAGCCCUAUGGUUAAUCAGCACGGACAAGGACCGAGUCAAAUAGAUUCGCCGGCAAAUCUGCUGCAACAACCGCAUAACUUCGAGCUACAGCAACUUUUCCGCUCGAAUCCGGGCCUUACUGCAGCCAACUCGGCCGUCCCAGGUGCGCCGAACGGCCAGCCACUGCCCCAGUCGGCCCUCUCGCUGUCGGCCGCCCAGCAGCAGCAGUUCCUGCAGCAUAAUGCAGCGUACGCCGCACAGCAGGCGCCACCGUACGUCAUCAACCCGGGCCAGGAUCCGAACCAGUACAUGGGAGCGCUCAUUGCGGCCGGCGUACCGCAGUACUAUGCGCCCGCCCCGUGGGGUGUGUAUCCGGCCAAUCUGGCCAUUCCCCAGCAGCAGUCGCAGCCUCGCCGACCGCUCACCCCAUCGCAACAGGGAGCCGAAAAUCAGCCCUAUCAGGUGAUAUCGGCAUAUUACGACCAGAGCGGUUCGCUGGUGAUGGGACCACGCACCGGAACACCGAUGCGCCUCGUCAGUCCGGCCCCGCCGGUACUGGUGCCGCCGGGUGCAGCUGGACCGCGGGCUCCGCAGGCGCCCCCAAUGUAUCCGCCGCAGCCACAGACCGCACAGCAGAACGUCUACUCGGCCCAGAACGGAUCCAAUGUAGGAGGACUCGGUGCCUUGAACACAUCAUCCCUGACCACACGGCGGGAUUCGUUUGAUCGCAAUACAUCGGCCUUCAGUCCCUCGCUGGACUACACCUCGGGUGCCUCGACCAACACGAUGGCUAUGAAUGCGGCCGCGGCCGCAGCUACUGCUGCCGCUCGCAAGUGGCCAGUCGGUGCUGGGAACUACAGCGGUCUCGGUACGGUAGCGGCUGCCUCAGCCAGCCCGCUGGGACCGUCGCUAACGCCACCGCCGGUGUCUGGACUCGGUACGCUGGUAACGAGCCGCGCGCCCGGUGCCGAGACAAAGUACCGCCAGGUGAACCCGAGCCUCGUGCCCGGAAUCUCGACCGGCAACGCAGCCAUGUUUGGCUCGAACAACUGCGCCGCUCAGGCUAUCCUGUCGCGGCUGUCUAGUGCAGUGGCACGCCCAACGACCGCACCUGCGCCCGCUCCAGCAGUGCCUGGAGCGGCACCAGGGCUCGACCGUCCGCCGGGCCGAUCUCGCCUGCUCGAAGAUUUCCGCAACCAGCGCUACCCGAACCUGCAACUGCGCGACCUGACGAAUCACAUCGUCGAGUUUUCGCAGGACCAGCACGGAUCGCGCUUCAUUCAACAGAAGCUGGAGCGCGCCAUCAGCGUCGAGAAGCAGCUCGUGUUCAACGAAAUACUGGGCGCCGCCUACAGUCUGAUGACGGACGUGUUCGGCAACUACGUCAUACAGAAGUUCUUCGAGUUUGGCUCACCGGAGCAAAAGCAGGCACUUGCCCAGCAGGUGAAGGGGCACGUACUGCCGCUAGCGUUGCAGAUGUACGGCUGCCGUGUCAUACAGAAGGCACUGGAAAGCAUUCCGGCAGAGCAGCAGCAGGAGAUUGUGCGCGAGCUGGACGGGCACGUGCUGAAGUGCGUUAAGGAUCAGAACGGCAACCAUGUGGUACAGAAGUGCAUCGAAUGCGUCGAUCCGGUUGCGUUGCAGUUCAUCAUCGACGCGUUCCGCAACCAGGUGUACUCGCUCAGUACACAUCCGUACGGUUGCCGAGUGAUUCAGCGGAUACUGGAGCACUGCACGCCCGAGCAGACGGCUCCGAUUCUGGCCGAGCUGCACGCGAAUACCGAGCACCUAAUUCAGGACCAGUAUGGAAACUACGUCAUCCAGCAUGUACUGGAACAUGGAAAACCCGAGGAUAAAUCAGCACUCAUUGCCAGUGUGCGUGGAAAGGUGUUGAUUCUGUCUCAGCACAAAUUUGCAUCCAAUGUUGUGGAAAAGUGCGUCACACAUGCCACACGUGCUGAACGGGCGCUGCUUAUCGAGGAAGUUUGUUCGUUUAAUGAUUCCGGACUUCACGUCAUGAUGAAGGAUCAGUACGCGAACUACGUGGUACAGAAGAUGAUUGACGUGUCCGAGCCGACGCAGCGAAAGGUGCUGCUGCAUAAGAUUCGGCCGCACAUGAACUCGUUAAAGAAGUACACGUACGGCAAGCACAUCAUCGCCAAGUUGGACAAAUUUACGUUAAAGACACCGAAUUCACUGGCAGGCAAUGGUGCCGGUGGGUCAGGUAAUGCGGCCGCUGCCUCUGCGACCGGUGCAGCCGCAAAUGGUACGGCUGGCUCGGCAGCCGGUGGUCCUGCUACCAACGGGACUAAUGGUAGUGCAAAUAGCACCACUGGUGAACUCACUGCCAAUGGCCCCUCGAACGGGGCUGGUGUAAGCAACGGAGGAGGUAACGCCAAUGGCGCGGGAGCUACUGCGACAGUUGGCAAUUCGGCCAGCAAUGGUGCCGGUGGUCCAUCGAACGGUGUGACGACUAACAGCAACGCCAACGUUAGCGGCGGCACCAGCAACGGUGCCAGUGCUGGCCUGCGCCCAAUUGGACCGCCUACCAAUGGCGUUAUGUAAGCAGGUUGAAGCCCGCCGCAACGCCUGUGGAUUCGAAUGGAAGGCUCGCAACGACCACUGGAUAAUGUGUAAAUACUGUACGCUAUCUUCGAAUAUUAACCCAGAGCAAAUGCGCAUACACACAGCUCAGUUUUCACCACAGAGGCCAAUUUUUGGGACUCGCUGUAUGUUUUUUCUACGAACACAUAAUUGGGGACCGUACUGCUGAAUACGGCUAUAAAAAAGUACACAUCAAACAUUGUCCCUCAUUUCCUAAACCUAGGACGUAAGAAUGUGUGUGACUGCUCGCAUCUUUAGCCUUUUACAAGACUCAUCGUAAUGCAUCUUCUGAGUUUGGACCAGGGAUCUAACUUUAUGUUAUUAUAUUUUUCUACUACGAGCUUGAAAACGCAAAUACGUUGCGCCAGUGAAAUACUAAGCUAGAAUCGUCAGCGAUAGAAAGAGUAAUCACGAAUGAGAAAUUUAUAUUCGCUUUCGAACGUAUAAAGUGAAGCUACUAGAAGCAGCGCGUGUAUAAGUUUUCUGUAUUUUGUGUGGGCCCCUCCAUAUAUAUAUACAUAUGUUUUGUGUACAUUUUUAUCUCGCGUACGGUGUUAGAUCUCAAUUCUAGAAAUGAAACGAAACAGUAGCAAACAAAAUCAUUCGUUCACUUGCAACUAAACAGUGUACGAAUUUGGUGUAAGAAAUGAAGUGCUACACAUACAAAAGAGAAACUUUGUGCAUAGUUGUUUAUUGAUGCCUUGGUGUAAGUAGUGUAUUAUUUAGCGAAAAGAACAAUUACUUGCAAAAGUGCUUUAUAGCACUUCAUUUGGCGAGAUGAAAUAUGCAGGAUGCAGGAAAUCUCUGGCUAAUUUCAGGUCAUAGAUAAUCCAUUUCGUUUCGUGAUCGAGCACACGAUACAACUUUAAUCAGCUUCGUUUCAUUGUACGUUGCAAUAGUUGCGUUAAUAUCAGCGUUGAUACUACAGGCAAAUGAAAUGGCAUUGCGAAACCAAUCGACGAACCCCUCCUUUGAAGUAUAUUACAAUUACGGCUCAUGAUUAGCAUGAAAAUGGGCGUCCGAUUGCAAUUUACAUUUACAUGCAGCUCCAGCUCUUGAUUUAGUUUAUUGUAUCCACAAACCGUAGUAGUACUGAAAUUGGUACUACAUACAGAACAUAAAAAAAAACAAGAGAACUGGAACUGUAAAAUGCAGUGCAGUAUAAUGCCACGACUUGUUUGUAGAGACUAAGCAUAUAUGAAUACAUGUAAAACGUAAUAUUUAUGGCAACCUAAAUACGCGCACACUCGCUAAAUAACACAUUUAAAGUGUAGAGACAAAUUGGAUACCAACAUCUGUUCAAUGACGAGGUGAAAGUGUAAACAAUGGAGCUUACUAUUUGUUGUGGAAAGUGUUUUGCUGUGUCGAUAAUCACGGAACAUAAAUAAAACGUGGAGUGAAGGAAAUUCGAAUUCAAUGAAGCCGUUAUACAGUCUGAAGAGCUUACAGCUGCUACAAGGGAUUAGGCUUGUAUUGAAGGAGGCGGCCGAAGUCGUAGUUGCCAAUAAUGGCCAUGCAUUGCAAGCAUGAUGUUUGUCACAAUGAACAAAUCCAAGAGCAACCGCCGAGAGAGAAAGAGAGGAUUAAGUAGUGUAUGAACUGCUGUAGCGUAUAGUAAAAAGGAAGAGCAGUAUCAAUUAUUUUUAAUUAUUACUAGGAAGAAGCUGGCAUAGGGAUCAUUUUUUCGAAAACAAAAAUUAAGAGAACAAAUAUUAAAAAAAUAAGUUAGCAUCCACACAAAUAGCAAUGCUACGACGUGACUUUUUUUUCAAAUUGAAACCAACUAUCAAUGACAUAAAUCGUGUUUGGACAUACUAUCCUCGACAAACGCUGGAGUGUAUGCGUGCUCUAUUUUGGUGGAUGUCUGACUGCAUAACGAUGGAUGAAAAUUGACCGUAUUUGUUAAAGAGCUAAAGCAAAAUAUCCAUCGACCGGUGAAUUUAGGAUUACUCUAGUACAGUUUUAUGUAAGCAAAUGAAAAAAGAAAUAAUAACGGAAACCAUUUACUGCCAUCCCAGUCCAACGUAGUUUGUACUAAUGCGCGGUCUGGUGAUGUGCCGCUUUGGGCAAGCGUUUCAUCUAGCUAAUAGUAGAGCGUUACAGUUACAUUUUCCACAUACAUUUACCAACUAAGGAUGAUGAUAAAAACUCAUUUCAUUUAUUCUUCUUACAUCAGUUUCCGAAACUUGUAGAGUUUAGUCAGAUUUAAGAGUUAUAAAGUCGAACUUACAUGAACUGUAUCAAUUAACAACGAUAAGAAGCUCCGCUCUAGUUUGACCAUUUUAAUACAAUAGAAUUUUCUCACGAAAACGUGAAGCAUCUGAUUAAAAAAUCGAACAACCCGCAGUAACAAGCAAAUAGAUGACUAAAUAUGUGAAGUAUUUCUUAUACUUUUUUUCCUCGUCAACUUGCCGGCGUCAUGCUUGAAAAAGGAGGGAGUUUUCUGGUUCAUAAUAGUAAUAUACCUAUCAAACCCCGUGAGCGGAAUGGAUAAUUUCCACAUAAAAGAACAUAAUCGUACGUUUGAUAAAUGGAGUAACUGUACUAUUUUUAAGCACUUUGCGUAUAGUCCUAGUUCUCUCACCGUAGUGAUAGUACGUAAUUAAAAAACGAAUAUAGCGCUAUAAUGGUACAGAAAACUAACACGAUCGAUUGCAACUGACCCGCUGAGAUGAGAACAAGAUAAUUGAGGCGCAUUUUCUUAGCUAUUUUGGCACAGAAAGGGUGGCGAAGAGCGCGCCUCAUCCAAGACUGGAGUUACGUAAGAACCGUGAAUUUUAACGCAAAUUUAGCUAAUGAACAAGUAACAACUUCUACGUGUGUGUGGUGGCAAAUGUUAGGCAUCCUCGCAUUUGUUGAAAACUGCCCGUGGGUUUUGUAUGAAUGUGAAUUAGAUUGUCCUUUGUAUGAAAUAUGCUAACUUUUUUUUUGCAUCAAAAGUUGCAUUAAACAAUUUUUAAAUUGGAAUUAGCUUAACAGAUAAAGUUAUUUUAGUGUCCCUUUUUAAGCGUAUUAAAAUUAAUUAUACGAAAUACUUAGUAAAAUAUUUUCCUUUUUUGCAUAUUCAGAGCAAAAUUGGUUCCUUCUUGGUAAUGCUUAAAUUAUAUUUUUCAAUAUACAAAAAUGUUAUUGGAGCAUAAAGCAUAGAGAUGAAUCGUGUUUUGCUAAGCGGAAAAAAUACCAUUACAGUAGAAAAAGUUUUUUUUUGUCCCUAAUUAUGUUCGUUCAUACUAACAGGAUCGCGGACAUAUGCAACACAACCCGUUGAGCUAUUAAGCAUGCAGUUGUACAUUCAUGCAGUGGUGGGAUGGAACACCUUACUGUAUGGGUUUUAGAUGCUGCUUUAAAAUGAAUCUAUAAAUAUAUAAAUAUAUAAAGAAAAUAUUUGUGCUAUGUUAAAUCAAUUAUGAACAGUGAAAAUAACUAUUGUGGGCUUGUAGCAAUGCCUCAUGACUAUAUACAUAUUCCUCAUAAUGGAUAGACUUUCUUAGAAACGAUUUUCUAGACUUUAAUAUAAAAAACUGGUUAAAAACCUGUCACAGGACAGUGGAAAAAAGUAACAAAACAUUAAACACCUGGAUUGACCGAUGGAAAAUCAUCAUAUUUAAAAAAAAAAAAAGAAAAAUUGGGAUAACAGAUAAUGAGCUACGAAGAUGACAUAGAAAUGCUUCACUGAAACGUUUGAAACCGAACUCUACCGAAGUUGGUAUAUACAAAUGUCCUUCCAUUUGUUUCGUUUUCUUUGUACACACAAACACGUUCAAUGCAAGCAUUAUGAGUUGAUUAAACCAUUUUAGCGAGUCCGUACGGAGAAACGAAUGUUGUAAACAUUUGUGACCAUGAAACAGGCGAUCUGAAAAACAAAAACUGGUGUGUGUGUGCACAUGGCAAACGAUCAAGUUGUAUAUCGCUGUACAAAAUUUAUAUAGUUAUUUUAUACUACCUACCCUACCAGAAACUCAGAACCCAACAGAGACAUUUCUUGUAAAAGUGCGGCAAUUAGCAAACUCACACCAUCGUACGAAAACAUACGAACAAACUCAAAUGGCCCGUAUGCAAAUCAUGAUGAAUCAGCAGCAUCAAGCCGAAUCAAAAUCACCACACAACCAUUACAAAGUAAAAUAGAUCUCGCGUAUGAAGACCGUCAGUAUCGGGAGUAUAUGUGGUCGAGGCGUAAAUUCUUAAAAUUUUAACCAAUUUGCCAGCAGUUCAAUAGAUGAGAUUGACAAAGCGCGCGUGUAUGGGUGUGCGUUAAGGAGAAGCAUUUUGAAUAGUGUUUGAUUGUACAUUAGAAUUCUUAGAUACAAAAAAAAAAGAAAACCAGUUGUAGAAAUCCUUCGUAAAUAUUACAAAAUGCAUCCAACUUGCGUUACAGAGAAGCGUAGGAACGAUAUUUAUAAGGUGUGUACGCGUGUGUGUGCGUGUGUGAGUUCUUGACCUUUAUGCAAAAGUGUCUAGGUGGAAAAGAGAAAACAGUGAAACUAAAGCUACAGUAUCCAGGUUGAGUAGAAUAAUAGAAAAGACCUCACGAAAAUGACAACCCAAAACUUCUCAAGACCAAUUGAUGGGAACGGUUUAAAAAGUGUGUAUAAUUCUCUGUACAAACCACCAAAAGAGCACUUAUUUAUCAAGGAAAGUACGCAAUGUCUGCAGAGUAAAUAGUGGUAAAAAAUAGGCGAAACACCAUAAAUCGAUUCAGCAAUGCAAAUAUCAGGACAGCAAAAGCAGAAACAGAGAGCAUGAACCAUUCUAACACGAAAACCCAACAGCGAUCAAUCGAAAAUAGAAGCCAAUGUAAAUACAACAAUAUCCACACUGCGCGAAGAAGCGCGUACAUUUUGUGUGUGACGUUGGACUGAACAUACAUACUACAUGAGAUAAGAAAUAAUACCCACAAUACACGCAAUACCACCUCCAAAAACUGGACUGUACUACAAACACAUGUCACAUGGAAUAGAAGAACAGAAACACAACUUUCCACCACAGAGUAGGGGAAGACACUCGCAUACUCCUCAAAACAUAGGAAUGUGUAAAAAGAAAAACCUUGUGAAAAAUCUAGAAAAUAUCGCCACUACCAUCACUACAACAACCACCACCACCACCACCACCACCACCACCACCAAGACGACCCUUGAAGAUCACUUUUAUACAUUCUUACCGCACACGCCGGAAGUUUAAAAGAAGAGAUGUGUAAAAUUGUGCUGUACAAAUAAUAGAACACAAACCAAGGGGAGGAGGAUGUGGAACGAAAAAAAACCGCUAUCAAGUGUUCUUCUCAGGUUAGAUUUGUUUUCUCUAUAAUGGAUUGUAAAAUGGGAGGAGUGAAGGGAAAGGCAUAGGAAUGUAAAGAACAAAGCUCGCUCUGCACCACGUGUGUGUGUGUGUGUGUGCUAUCGACAUUACACCGAUUGCGCAAAGCUUGUUAACACCGGGAAUGACGGGGUUUUGGGUUAGGUGAGCAAGGUAGUCAAAAAGGGUAGAAAAAUACUGAACACGUGAGUAAUGGAAGCAUGGUCUAACAAGCUUAGAAUCACCUUGUAAAAAUAUAUGUAAUUUUUGUUGUACAAUUCAGCUAAAUAGGGGAAAAAUUAUGGCUCCUGGAGAGAAGAGAAUGUAAUCUAGACCAGCAAAUCACUCGGGAGAAGAUAGUACAUAUGGUUCUCAGUAUUGCAUUUCAUUUAAUUUCAAUUUUGCCCACACUAUGGUUUAAAAUUGUUACGUUGUACAAAUUAUUCUUACGAACCUCUAAAAAACUGUGUUCGUUUGUUGUUUUAUGUCUGUAAAAUUAAUCGAAUCCAAGACAAAUGUAAUCUAACGAGUUUGGGCUUUGAUAGCAAGGAAAGGAAAUUAAUCUAAGUUAAGAAGACCGCACUCUUCCUCUCUUAAUCUUUCUCAUUCUCUUCAGGAUGCCUGUUACUGUUCAUAGACCAUUCGGGAAAACUGCAUGCACUGAUACUGAGUUGUUGUAUAACUUCAUCGUUUGAUUGUUUUGUUUAGCUAAGCCCAGAAAAGAAGCGAACGAAUACAACACUAACCCACACACACACCAGCUAGAAUGCGGGACAUUUUGUGAAAAUUUGUACAAAAAUCAUCAUCUCCACUAAUAACAACAAGCCCCAACGACUGGCUCGAAAGGUAGCGGGAAAGCGGAAAAACCACACACACACACUCACACAGCCCAAAAGAGAUUGUAAACAUCUCUAUGUGCCCAAAACAGACAUCAGCCACCCCUAAAACAGUGCUUCGCUUCUACCCUCUACAAUAUGCCCUGCCUUCAUCCUCGGAAAUCGUGUGAUAUGUACAGUGAAAGUGUGUAACAUAACAAAAGUGAGAAAUUCGGAUUCUCCUACAAACAAGAGGAACGAAACUGGCAGUGAAUGUGCAAAAUGAAAAACAUAUGCAUUUUAUGACAAAAUUUCCUUUUUCUCCUUUAAAAAGUGGUUUAACAAAACAAAUCAGCAGUCUCACAAUUCCUCUGUCUUAAGUCCUCCGAAAAGGCGAAAGAAUUCAAAAUUGUCUCCUUUCGCAGAGUCUUGCAAACUUCCAAAAUUCGAUGGGCUUUCAUCUCUGUACUUUUAACAGUGUAAAAACGUGAUCCCAACUCGCUGUGGUAAAGCCGCUUUCCCCCGACCAUUAAGACUCCGUUUGUUGGCUGGUUUGCUCUUGUGUGUAAAGAUUAAUAGUCGCUCCCCUCCCCCCAGUGCAAAUACGGCGACAUUUUGUAUAAAUUGUUUUUAACUGUAAAAAAGUGAAAGGAAACACUAACACAUACAAUUCAUAAUAAAAAUCUGCGCAAAAUAUACCCCCCCCCUCCCUCCACCCUCCCUGCAGCGCCUUACCCCUACCCCGCAAACAGACAAAAUACAAAGUCCCAUGAAUUAGAAUCUUUUAUCUGGUGUAUUGUAAAAUUAAAGAAAAUAAGUGGGUGAAUCGAUUAAACGAAGCAGCAUUGAAAUUGGCAUUGAAAUUCUGCAACCACAACAACCACACGAUCUGUGAUUUUUUUCUACUUGAACUGCAAGACACACCAGUAAUAUGCUACAUAAUCUACCACCCUUUUCCUUCCACCUUAUCCUCCGCUCCAGCAAAGCUCUCACACCUCGAAUCCUUUGCCGUGUACCCAGGUCCAACUUCGGGUCCAAUGUUUCGAUACGAAAAAAGAAAGGAUUAUCGGCACAACAUCCUAGGAAAACAGACACUUGUGGGUAUGGGAGGCGCACCCUCCGUUGAUUGUAAAAUCGUGUAAUUGUUGUGUAAAAUUUGCCUACUGCUCUAAAUUGCAUUGCUUGUAAAGUGUACAUUCGCAAACUAAAAUUAAAACUUUUAUUUUUUCGUGACGAUGUUCCAAUCUAAGUUAGAUACCUUCCGAUUCAGAUCGAGAGAUCAACUACAAGCACUUCGAUAACCUUCAACAUGGAACGAAUUAUUUGCAAUAGAAAAGAUCCCUAUUCUGUUAUUAGUGUCGUUCUAUUUUAACGCUGUUAAAUGCAAAAAUAUCCUCUCCUUUUCUCUUCAACGUUUAUCUCUCUCACUACCUCUGUACAUUAGGACACUAACGCUCCACUUUUGUAUUAAAUUCAUCUCCCUCCCCCCGCAAAUCAACAAGUGUACUUCUUAUAAGAGCUAGAACGACUCAUGAAAAAGGAAAAAAGAGAAAGGUUUACGGGCAUAACAUAGAACAACUGAUCUUCGUAAUGGAGCGACAAACAAAAUACAUAUUGAAAAAUGCUCUACAAGGAAAACUAAAGCAACAACUACAAAAAGGUGGUAGGAAACAAAGCAUAAAACUAUGCGAAACAUGCAUAACCUAAAACCCUGACACAACGCGCAAUGUUGAGACAAGAAUGAAAUGGAAGUGUGAAAAUGGAAAAGAGAACGAAAGAGAAAAAGUUGUAGAAAAAACAAAUUUAGCUUGAGCUAAUGUAAUAAAAGAUACAACAGGAAGGAGAAAACAGAAAAGAACGUAUAAAGUAUAAAUAUGUCACCGAAUAAACACAGCAAAAAUAAAGUGUAUUGGAAAAGAAAGGACAGAUACAUAAAAAUGAAAGCGAGGUCAAACAACAACUGUAAAUGAAAAAUAAAACACAAGUUGCAAUAUUAGAACCGACAAAAGAUAUCGAAUUGCGUUAAAACAACUCACAACACACAAUGGAAAUUUAUCAGAGAUUAAACUAAAAUUACCUUAUAAAAAUGUUCAUACAAAAUUUUUGUUAAGACCUUCUGCAUGCAACUGCAAGACGGUUAACACAAGUGAAAUUGAACGUUUUUCGUUUAUUGAAAUUGAUUUUUUUUCUUAGCUAAUUUAGUAAGUUUUGCAUAGUUUUUUUUUUUCGUUCUAUGUAACUUAUCCUCAUUUUUUUGUAUUUUUACAAUUCAAUGAUUUUGUAUCCGUACGAAUUUAGUUAUUUAAAUCGCGGUAGCAUUUUUCUAUUAAAACAACAUAUAUUGUGAAGGUGCACAGCGUAUGCAAACACACUUUGCUAUCCAAUACUUGGGACACCUGUCGUUUAUGUGUAUGUGUGUAGGAGUGUGCACGCUAGCAUGUUUUGUGUGUGUGUGUGUUUGUUGUUUUAUGUUUUUAAUCGUGUUUUCGUUUUUCAUUUUGAAAGUAAACCAGUUUUAGUGAGUGUUUCAAUCAUCCAUCGUGUGUAACCAAUCGAUUUUAGAAGCAACUCUGAGUAAAUAAAACGACUCAACCAGCAACAGCAAU